CAUGGAUGACAGAAGAAAUUCUAAACAUAAUGGACGAAAGAAGAAAAUACAGAGGUAAAAAUGAAACAACAUACAAGCAAAUCCACAAGAAUAUCAGAAUAAAGAUCCAACAAGCCAAAGAAACCUGGCUAAGUGAAAGAUGCCAAGAAAUUGAAGAGUUGGAACAAAGACAUGAUACUUUCAAUCUACAUAAAAAAGUAAAAGAAGCCGCUGGAAUAUUUAAACAAACUCCUACGUCUUUCAUCGAAGAUAAACAUGAUAACCCGCUACUGAACAUAGAAGAUCAAAUAGGUAGAUGGAGAGAAUACGUGGAAGAGAUGUUUCAAGACCGAGAGAGGACGAACAUUUACAUGCAGGAGGCAUCGACUGAAUCUUAUAUCACAAAGCAACAAAUUAUUAAAGCGGCAAAUCAGAUAAAGAACAGAAAAGCUGUUGGGGAAGAUAAUAUCCCAAUUGAAGUAAUAAAGAUAUUACUAGACGAACACAUCGAAGUAAUGGAAGAUAUAUUUAACAAAAUAUACGAAACAGGCAUAAUACCAAAUGAUUGGCUGACAUCGGUGUUUAUAACACUACCAAAGAAGAGAAAACUCCAAGAAAUGUGAAAACCAUAGGAUUAUUAGCCUGAUGAAUCAUAUGUUGAAGCUUUUCCUACGAGUAAUACACAAUAGAGCAUACAAUAAAGUAGACGAAUACACUGGUCAAACUCAGUUUGGUUUUAAGAAUGGGUUCGGAACAAGAGAAGCACUUUUUUAAUACGUGUGCUAGUUGAAAGAUGUAGAGAUGUCGAUUCUGAUGUAUACUUGUGUUUUAUAGACUUUCAGAAGGCGUUUGACCUGGUGAAACAUGAUAAAGUAAUAGAUAUUUUAAGGUCAUGUAAUAUCGACGAUAAAGACUUAGGGAUCAUUUCAAACCUCUACCAAGAACAAAAGGCUAAAAUCAAAAUAAAAAGCGAAACAUCUGGAAAAAUUAAUAUCGAGAAGGGAGUAAGACAGGUAUGUCUCCUAUCGCCUUUGCUGUUCAAUGUUUACUCUGAGAAGAUAUUUCAGAAAGCUUUGGAAGGCACCUCGGAUGAUAUAAUUAUAAACGGGCAAUGUAUAAAUAACCUGAGAUAUGCUGAUGACACUGUCAUACUGGCAGAUAAUGCUGAAGCCCUGCAACGCUUAAUGGACCGAGUAACGACAGCCUGUAGAGAAUUUGGAAUUAAAUUGAAUACAAAGAAGACAAAAACGAUGGUCAUCAGCAAGCACCAAAACAGAGGGGUGAAGGUCAAUGUCGAUGGAACAGAUCUGGAAAGAGUAACAAUAGCAACGUACCUUGGAAGUAAUCUUGAUGAAACUUGGGACCAAUCACUAGAAAUAAGAAUACGCCUGGAAAAGGCACGUACGUUUUACAAAAUGCAAAAAGUUCUAUGCAACCGCCAGCUGGGCAUCUCAUUGA